AUGGCUGCACAGAAUUGUGACCUGAAGAAACCUAUCUGCUCGCGCUGCACGCGGUUUCCCAAAGAAUGCAAAUAUGAUAUCAAUAUCAUCAACCAGCAUGUCAUCACUCACACAAGGCCGAGUGAAGCGAAUCGUCGCAAUGAAAGCGUCAACCAGAGCCUGAACCCUAUCGCUCAUCAGCCUGCUCUAAAAUUAUCACCAUUUCUAUCAUCAAAAGAAUCUCAAUUUUUCAUGCACGUCUUUAACACCGAAACUGCCCCGCGGCUCUUCCCGGAAGCUCCAGCGCUAUUCCUGCAAAGAAUUAUCGCAAGUUCCCUAGAGACACCCCAUCUUCUCUAUGCCCUCCUCGCAUCUGCCUCCAGCCACCAUAGCCGACUUGUCCAAGAUACAGGACCAAAGUCAAGGGUGUCCUGCUUGAGGUUCACGAACUUGUCAAUUUCUAGCCUGCGCUCGGCACUCAAUGAAACGAAUGCAACACUGACAGCUGAGACUGUCACGACGGCGAUGGCUCUGUGCACUAAUGAUGUGUGCAAUGGGAAUAUGCAGACAUGGCGGACUCACCUUGGCGGGGUAAUGCGUCUAUUAGGUGCCUUUUUGGAUAGUCAAGGAACAUUACCCAUUGCUGAUCCUUACAUUCAAUGUUUGGUCAAAUGGUUCACAACAAUGGAUGUUCUCGCGGGAUUAUCGGGAUUGGGUACUAGUGGUGUGAUGAGCUCUGAUACUGGGCUACUGGAUAGGUCAUUUGAUCUGUUAAACCCGCAUGUUGACGAUAUAUGUGGUUACGCCUUGAAGUUGGCCCCGCUGCUUGCGAGGCUAUCUCAAUUGAUGCAACGCCAAUAUCACACUGAGCCAAGAAUGCAACAAGACGCCUUGACAGAAGCUCGAGAGCUUGAGAUUGAGAUUCUCUGCCUUGUUGAGUGCAGUGUUUCUGGUGGAGAUUCCCUUGAGCUGCAGAGUACCCAUCGUGCCUUUGUACACUCUGCUUUAUUACACCUCCACCGCCGAAUCCAAAAACUCCCAAGAGACCAUGAGACGGUGAAAGAAGACACCAGGAAAAUUAUAGCCGCAGUGGAAGACAUCCCGCCGUUCUCCUCUGCGAAUAUAUUGAUCCUUUGGCCCAUGUUCAGUGUUGGCUGUGAAAUCGACGAUAUCAAGGAACGCGAUUUUAUCCACAACCGGAUGGGUGACAUGCAAAGUCUCGGGAUGGGAAACUUUACAAGAGCACGAGAGCUUCUGAAUAAGUUUUGGGCAUCCGAGACAUCCUUGUCCUGGGACAUCUAUUUUGCGAAUCUUGGAUUGGAAUUGGUUCUAUUCUAA